GCAACAGAGACGACAAGACAAACAAUCAGAGAAACAACAAAAGGAUAUCAGAAUAUCAUAAGCUUGCGUAUUUGAUGCUCCUCGGUUUGUAAAGUGACCGUUUAUAUAAAACGUUGAAGUGAGAAUUAGCGGUUAAAGGUUAAUUAUAUAAAUGAUUAUGAUUGGUGAUAAAGUAUUACAGAAUAGAAGUAGGCUUUAUCAAUCUAUGAAUGACGGGACUUCUGAAAAAGAGUCUCCCGAGCAUAUCACAUAUAUCCCGCCUAAAGUGAAUCAAACGUUCAUGAUAAGAUUGAAAAAAAUACUCGAUACGAUUUUAUGCAAGAAUUGAAUAUAUUAAUACA